AUGACUUCAGAUAAGACAAAGAUAAAAAACGUCAAAACUUCUAAUGAACAGAUACAUGUAAAAAAAGAACCAGUUAAAAUGAAUGUGUUGCCUCAAGCGAUCCUACAAAGCCCAGGGGAGCAUCCCAGGUUCAUAGAGCAGACUAUUUGCCCCUCAUUAGACUUUGCAAGGAUUCAUUUGAUCAAAGACAAAGAUGGCAUAGAUGAUUAUUUGGCGAAGAAUAUCAAAGGCUUGUCAAAACAAGAAGCUGCUGCUAACAGGAAUUCAUACAAGAAGAACAUCUGCAUAGACAUGCUGCGACAGGGUUAUCACAAGUCCUUCUCCGAGCUCUUCACUCUGAUACAGAAGUGGGAUGCCUUGAGGGAGGCUGCGGGGCCUGGGUCAGCCAUAUGGCAGCAGAAGUCCCUGGAGGAGCAGCCUGAUAAGCUGGAUCAGCUUUACCACUUCCUGACCAGGGCUGAGGCAGCCCAGCGAGCAGGGCACUAUGAGGAGGUUUACGAUAACCAACUUAACUUGGCCUACUGUUUCAGUGACCCUGAGGACAAAUGGUUAAGUAAUUACUUUUAUGAGCAAUGCUUUAACACUGCUCAACUAAUAAAAAUUGAUGGUGGGAAAAGAGAGGCACAAGCACAUGCAAAUAUGGGCCUCAUCAAUGAGGAACAAGGUCAUGUCAUGAAAGCUGCUGAGCAUUAUGAAGCAUUUUAUCAACUAACAGAGGGUUCAACAUGGAAGGAUGAGACAGGCCAUACUUACAAUUCACUGGCAUGUGAGCAUCUCUGGAGAAUUUAUACAUUACUAGCAGACAAAAUGCUAGAAAAUAAAGAACACCAACAGGCCAUCAAAACGCUAAUAAAAGCUUUAAAAAUGGCAAAAGAAG